GCUGCGUAAUUGAAGAUUACACACUUUAGUCCUAGUGCAUGCGAAAAAAAAUUCUUAGGUUGGUUAAACAAACGGCGGUGUUUAAUUCCUGCCGAAAGGAUCAUUCUCGCCUUAAUGCAAUACGAUCUACGACUGAACUUUCAAGCACUGACGGGAAAUUGGGAAUACUGUAUUUUGUGUUAUUUCUCCGCGAUCCAAUCGCGGUCUGCGUUCCCAGUGACGUCACCGCCUCCCGGUCCGCCAUCUUUCUUGCAGGCAGCGGGGCGCUGACUAUCCGGGCUUGCAUUCGGCUUCCCGAGAAGAUGCCAGUCUCGUGUAGUGCGCUGGAUUGUAAAAACCGCUUCAAGAAAGGAAGCGGCAUAACUUUUCACAGGUUUCCCAUUUCAAGACCUGACCUCAUGGCAAAAUGGUUAAAAGCAGUGGCACGGGAAAACUGGGCACCAUCACCAAGGGCAACUCUCUGCAGUGAUCACUUCAUAAAAGAGUGUUUUGAAGAGCGGAAUGAUAGAAGGCAUUUAAAAUUUUCCUCUGUACCAACUAUAUUUCCACCUCCUAAAAAUAAGGCGGCAGGCUCCAGAAAGUCAAAUAAAGUAAAGACGGUGUCCACCAUAAGUAAGGAAUCUUCAGAUGUGGAGAUGUCACUUUUGAGUUCACAACCUCCUUUAAUUGAUGAAACAUUAAGUCAAACAAUCAGCUCAACUAAGGUAACAGAUGAACAGUCUCCAUUAACACCAGGAACACUCAACUCAGGGCGACUAGCUCAACUAGCCGCAGCAGCUGUCUUAAAUUUAGCCGAAUUUUCUCAAGUAUUGGAAAUGCCUUUGAAGCCUGAAGGAGAAUCAUCACAGGUUCUUGCUGUCUUUAACUGCAGUGCACAAACUGAAACAUCUGCAACAGAGGAAAAGAUGGAAUCAGUUUCAGGUGGAUUAAUUGCAGGUCAUUCAGAGGAAGCACCUCAAGAUUCAGCUACAGUUCUAUGCUCAGACGCCCUCCAUUGGACAGCUAAUGUAUUAUCAAGACCUGAAGUACAAUCGGAUACAUGUACCAGACUUGUAGAUUCAGUGGAUGUAUCUACUGAUGUGUUGCCAUGUUUAUUCACAUCAUCUACUGAUCCAGCAUCUGACAGAGUAAUAAUACCAGAAGAAACAACUUGGAUAUCUACAGAAGUACUUAUCCCAGAAACACAGACUCAUCAUCUAACCCCCGCAGUCCAGCCUUCAGAAGAAUUGCAGUGUUCUGCUGAAAAUGUGCUUUCUUCUCAGGGUGACCAAGAUUUGUCAGGAAUGACAUUUCCUCAGGAUCACAGUUACUUUAUGAGUCCUUGUCCAGAUACCAUCAGGAGAACUUUAGAAAAGAAACUUGCCUGGGAAAGGAAGAAGAAUGAAGAACAUCGGAAAAGGUUUAGAGUUCUUCAACAAAAAUUGAAGAGAAAGGAGCAGAAAAUAGACAGUCUUACCAAAAUUAUCAAUGAGCUGAGAGAAAAUAAAACUGAUUUAUGGAAUAGUAAUGUAUUGUAAUAAAUGGGGGGGGGGGAGCUGUUUGAAUGUGUCCAGUUGUAGAAAAGGUUGGGCUCUUUGGAGGACGAAUGGAUGAAAAGUUCUUUCUAAAAUUCUUCAGUGAGUGGAAAUUUGAUAUACUUCAGUACUGUUGAGUCAUAGUAGCUUCUGAAGUUGUGUGUGUGUUGCAACAUGUUAAUGAACUGAAAGCUGCAAUGUAAUUUUGCUGGCAGGGCUUGAUUAUUCUCUUACAAAAUGUGUCACAGGGCACUGCAUGAAACAACAAUUCAAUAAAUUGUUCAACCUGGUUUCAGAGUUGUGUAUCAGGUUUUCUGUGUUGGAAGGAGUGAGGGUGGUUGUUGAAAAUUGUCUAUAUCAUUUUGAAUUACUCUGCUGGAUCGACAAGCCAGUGUUCAAGCUUGCUUGGAGUGUAUUUUUAUGCAAAAAUGCAGUUAUCCACAUUGGUGAGCUAGAAACAUGCAAAUUUUAAUCACUGGGUGCUGAGCUUUUGUUAGAGCUCUUCUUGUUAUGAGCAGGGAAUGGCUUGGUUAGAAAUGUGCAGAAACUGGUCUCCAUUUGUAUCUCUCAUUUAUUCCCUUAAAAAUUAUUGUUAGUGUUUCAACUCCGAUACCAAAAGAAGUAUAUUUGCAGAAAUGUUAUUCAUAAUCUUCAGUGAAUCAGAUAUAAAAUACCAGUAUCUGUUACAGAAAAUUAAUGUUGCCAUUGUCAUUAGCCCAAUGAUGGGUUCUCUACUUCUGAGGGGGAAAAAAUAAUACAUUUUGGUUAAAAAGUCUCAAAGGUUUUUUUUCAUAAAUCAAUUCAAAAUGCCUUAAUUUAAUAUCAGUAGCCUUCCUUGCUAACUCCUUAUGAUAUUCCCAUCUUAACCUUUGAGUUCCAGGGCUUGUGAAAUUUUAACAAGAAUAAUCAAUUUGUUUGGGUCUAUAUUCAUUACUUCCCUUUUGAGAAUCUUGAGCUUGUGUUCAAUCACCUUUAAUUAUCCUUUCUGAAAAAAAAAAUCACUUCUUUUUAAUCUUUGGUUUAUGUUGUUUUCAUAGCUCUGAUCUGUACCUCUAUGAAAACUAAAACCUUUCCUGCUGUUACAAAAGGGGAGAAGUGCCUAAAUCCUAUCUGGAUGAUGUCCACCAUUCUUGCAAAAAUUUCCACUGCUGCCUGUAAGGAGUUUGUACGUUCUCCUUGUGACCGCAUGGGUUUCCUCCCACAGCCCAAAGAUGUACCAGUUGCUAGGUUAAGUGGUCACUGUAAAUUUUCCCAUGAUUUGGCUAGGAUUAAGUCAGGGAUUACCGGGCUGAGUGGCUCAAAAGGCUGAAAAGGCCUAUUCCACACUGUAUCUCAAAUGGGGAAAAAAAACAAUGGAAGUCCAUCUUUUGCUUGCUGUAAAUGAGGAACGCCACACUUAAGCUUUAAAUUCUACAUUGUGUAGUCAAGAAUUUUCACUAAUAAUGACGAUAUUCCAAAAAUAUAUCGAAGCUGCUUCCAAAUAGAAAUUGGAAUCAUGGUAUUAGUUUCAAAUUCUUGCAUCCUUGUAAGGAUUUUAAAGCUACCUGUAAGGACUUUACAACACUGGAAUAUUCAGACUUGAAAUUUAUAAUUCAUCUUAUGACUCCUUAGGCUACUCAGUUUGAUUAGUUGUACGCACAUUGGUUUACCCAUUGCAUGUAUGGCUUUCCAUUGAAUUGUAUGCCUGUCUCACAUACCUGGCUACCUUCCCAAGAACAGAACUGAUUACAACUAGCAACUUUGGAGCAAAGACUGACAUCGCCUGCAUUAGCAGAUGAGGAAAUUGUUUAUAGUGACUGUCAAUCCUUCACGUUUAAGCAGUUUUUAAUGUUUUUUUCUACAGAGAUAUAUGUGUUGGGAAUAGUAAAGUUAAUCAGUAAUGUUCUUUAAAGUUUUGUUGCUGAUUCUCUGCUGUAGUUCCAAGUAAGUUGUAAAAAGGAUUCUUUUACAUCAUUGCUAUGUUCAAUGGAAGGUCUGAACAGGUUCAUGACAUUUCAACUUAAUUCAGAAUAACUGAAGUAAUUCAUCUCUGCUUGUGAGCAGAACAAAUCAGUAAAUGCAAACUGUUUCAUGUAAUUGAAAUAGUCUGUAGCUGGAUUGCAAUUUGAUCUGUAAAUUCCGGUUGAGUGCCAGGGCUAGAGUUUUAAUUGACAGUAGUUUGCGUAUUGUUGA